CAAACAAGAGUGACUAUCUAAAGAAAUUACCCUCAAAUUUCUCUGCAUGACAUAAAUUGAGACAAAAAAAAUAACAUAUAUUGAGUUCAUGCUGCCACGAGCUCCUAUAACUAGUAUUGGUAAGAUUUAUAUGUCACUAGUACAUUGUACCCAAUAAUUGCCUUAUGUCAUUGCACAUGUUGGCAAUAAAAAGUUGGAAUAUACAAUAGGAAGAAGCCAACACACUUUGUAAGGCAUAUUGAUCCAAAUUGUACACUUCAACUCUAUCGACUAACUAUAAGAACCACAAGAUUUUCCCAUCCAUAAAUUGUCAUUCCUUCAAUUGAGAAGUUGCAUAAGAUUUUAAGAAGAACGAAAACGAUUUCUACAUCGUACUUACUAGGGUUGAUUUCUCAGAUAAUUAUUUAGCUUAAGUUGAUCAUAAAGCAUCUUUCUUCUUGAUUGAUUUUUCCUUCAGCCAUUAAUUGAGAAGUAGCAAGAGAUGACUACUCACCAGGCUCACUGUUUGAUUUUGUCAUAUCCAGUCCAAGGUCAUAUCAACCCAAUGCUCCAAUUCUCCAAACGUUUACAAUCCAAACGUGUUAAAAUCACUAUAGCACUCACAAAAUCCUUUUUGAAAAACAUGAAAGAAUUGCCAACUUCUAUGUCAAUCGAGGCCAUAUCUGAUGGCUAUGAUGAUGGUGGUCGCGAUCAAGCAGGAUCUUUCGUUGCCUAUGUUACACGAUUCAAAGAAGUUGGCUCGGAUACUCUUUCUCAACUUAUUCAAAAAUUGGCAAAUAGUGGAUGCCCUGUAAAUUGCAUAGUAUAUGAUCCAUUCCUCCCUUGGGCUGUUGAAGUUGCAAAGAAUUUUGGAUUAAUUAGUGCUGCAUUUUUCACACAAAAUUGUGCUGUGGAUAACAUUUAUUACCAUGUACAUAAAGGGGUAAUAAAACUUCCACCUACUCAAAAUAAUGAAGAAAUAUUAAUUCCUGGAUUUUCAAGUCCAAUUGAGGCAUCAGAUGCACCUACUUUUGUUAUUGAUCCUGAAGCAGAAAGAAUACUUGAAAUGUUGGUCAAUCAAUUCUCAAAUCUUGACAAAGUGGAUUGGGUCCUAAUCAAUAGUUUCUAUGAGUUGGAAAAAGAGGUAAUUGAUUGGAUGUCCAAGAUGUAUCCAAUCAAGACAAUUGGACCAACAAUACCAUCAAUGUACUUAGACAAGAGACUACAUGAUGACAAAGAGUAUGGCCUUAGUAUCUUCAAGCCAAUGACAAAUGAAUGCCUAAAUUGGUUAAAUCAUCAACCAAUUAGCUCAGUGGUGUAUGUAUCAUUUGGAAGUUUAGCCAAAUUAGAAGCUGAGCAAAUGGAAGAAUUGGCAUGUGGUUUGAGGAAUAGCAAUAAAAACUUCUUGUGGGUUGUUAGGUCCAUUGAAGAACCCAAACUUCCCAAGAACUUUAUAGAGGAGUUAAAAUUAACAAGUGGCAAUAAUAAAGGACUAGUGGUGUCAUGGUGUCCACAAUUACAAGUGUUGGAACAUGAA